GGUGAUCUAUUAGAACGCGAUUGAGUUGGAAGUAAGAGAGUUUGGUAUUAAGUUUGCCAAUCUUAUAAUUUAUAUCGUUUCUUUGGAAACAAUAAUUGCAAUAUUUUUAAUAGCGAAUAAUGAAAUUGAUAACUCAUAAUAUGCUGACAUCAAAAUCUCUGAAAGGAGUAAAUGUUGGAUUUCCUCUUAAAAUUUGUGCUACAGAAGUGAAGGAGGUUGCAGUAGAUUUUAACCCCGAGUUUGUAACUCGAAUGAUACCUAAACUUGACUGGGAUGCUCUCUGUCAGGCUGCGGAAAGUCUGGGGUGCUUGAAUGAUCUUCCAAGAUCAGUGAAUCCUAAUCAUGAAAAUGAUGAAGAAUUUUUAAAGAAAGCCCAUCAUGUUUUACUCGAGGUAGAAGUCAUUGAAGGUGAACUAGUGUGUCCAGAAACUGGCAGAAAAUUUCCUGUUAAUGAAGGAAUACCCAACAUGCUUUUGAACGAAGAUGAAGUAUAAAAAUUCACAUUAUAAUUAUUGCCUCGUUGAUAUAUGUUUAAUAACUCUUUCUCAUCUUUAAGCUGUACAUAACUUGCUAUUUUGUGUUUAUAUUUCUCAUUAAAAGUUGCUGUCCUUAAA